AUGACCACUAUAUAAAUAUGCGAUCGUUAAUAACGGUUUACAAUACGCAUCUGUCACACUGCUGCCACAAUGAAAUUUACGUUAGGAUUGGUUGCUGUUCUGGCCGUUGUGGGUCUGGGACAAGCUUACCCGUUUCUAGAUUAUGGCAAAAAUUUGGCAAUAGACAUUGGGCAAAAUUCGGCAAUACAAUUCGGCAAAAAUAACGAUUUAAUAGCAGAGCUAGUAGAUUUUCUCAAUCUUAUUCCGGCAGAAGAGUUUGUUAACAUAAUAGUCAAAUAUUUUAAUGAGGAUGAAAAAGUACAAGAAGCUAUAGAAUUUCUUUUUACAAAUGAAUUCCACGAUCUGCUGCGUGCUCUUGAAGCUCUUAAGGAACAUCAAGCAUGGGUGGUAUUUUUAGAAAAGGCUGGACUACCUAUUAUUCAAGCUAUGCAAGAAUUUCAUCGUGUCAUCGGCAUGGAAGAUUAUGUACCACCCAAGAUAGAAGCCCUUUCCAAGUCUCUAAUUAAGACACAAAAGAUCGGUGAUGGAAUUGAUGGAAUGCUUAAGGAUCUUUAUGAUAUAUUACCAUUGGACAAAAUUGACGCUCUUUAUGAAGAAAAGAUGAGGACUUCAAAAGUCUAUGCUGAUUUUGUUACGAAGAUUACGUCGAAGGAGGCGGGAAAAAUCGUCCACGAUAUAGGCAUUACUGAAACGUAUAAGGAGUUUAAUACAAAGACGAAAGAAAGAGGAAUAGAUUUUGAAAAAUUAGCAAUUUUUAAUUCAAGAGUAAUUGGUAUUAAGAUAGAAAAUUAAAAUCAGCCUUUAAUCUACACAUUUGCUACUUGCAAUUUACAUAGUAAAUUAUAUGUAUAAUGAAAUAUAAUAAUUAUUAUAUCUGACAUACCAAUAAAUUUAU